CGUCUUGCGCACAGUGUCCUUCGAGACGUAGACAGAGCGAAAACAUAGGAAAAACAAAAGAGUUCUCACCCGCUUGCCCCCAGUGUGCAAACCCGAGAGUUGGCUGACGUGGCCCAGUACCGAUGGAAGAGCCGACGCCGGAGCUCGAACUCCCAGGUUUCCGCUUCCACCCCACCGAAGAGGAGCUCCUCGAUUUCUAUCUCCGGAACAUGAUUUCCAACAAGAAGCUGCGGUUCGACGUGAUCGGGUUCUUGAACAUCUACAACUACGACCCGCGGGAAUUGCCCGGACUGGCGAAGAUUGGCGAAAGAGAGUGGUACUUCUUUGUGCCGAGAGAUAGGAAGCACGGGAGCGGCGGUCGGCCGAACCGGACCACCAAGCACGGCUUCUGGAAGGCCACCGGCUCGGACCGGAAGAUUGUGAGCCUGUCGGACCACAAGAGGGUACUCGGCCUGAGAAAGACCCUCGUGUUCUACGAGGGCAGGGCGCCGCGAGGAAGCAAGACAGAUUGGGUCAUGAACGAGUACAGAUUGCCCGAUGACUCAUCGCCCAAGGAAAUGGUCCUGUGCAAGAUAUACAGGAAGGCCACCUCCCUGAAAGUGCUGGAGCAGAGAGCGGCGAUGGAGGAAGGCAUGAAUAAGGCCGUCCCUACUGCCUCUGCUCACCCCUCUCCUCCAUCUCCGUUCUCACCGAUGGAGACCCCCUCGUCCUUCUCCACUCAGCCGUCAAUGAACACGUCUAACAUUGUGCUCAAGCAGGAACUACUGGAGGGAGAAGAUGAGCAGGAAGUACAGGGUUUCAUCACAAGCCCAGCACAAGAUUAUGACAUGAACAAGGUGGUGACCAAAGCGUCGUCCUCUUCACUGCAAAUGCCAACUGGGAAGGAGAAAUUGCCGGAGCUGCAAGUGCCCAAGAUGCCUGUGGACUGGACACAGGACAGCUUCUGGACUCAGUUCAACAGCCCCUGGCUUCAGAGCUUGAACACCCCUUACGCCAACAUUCUGAACUUCUAAUUCGUUGAUAGACACGAGUUUAAUUCAAAGCCCAGUGGUUCUAGAUUGUUAAGAGUGUUCCACAUCGCUUGUCUACGGGCACCCUCGAGUCAGACUUUCGGGGAGCUGCGCACGAAUCACCUCUAUCUAACAGUGUCGUCGCACAAUGUUUAUGCUCCAAUAAGUGAGGAGCCUCUCAUGCUUAGGUUAGUGCUAGGAAGAGCUCAGCUUGGCUGUACAAUCCAUCGUAACAACUUCUGUCGCGAAUCGAAUCAAAUUGGGAUUCCCUCCUUUUUCCCUUAA